GAAGGCAGUGCUGCUGCUGCUAGGCUCAGGCUCUCACAGCACACACAGUUUGGCUCUUUUUCUCAUCUUUGCACCAUGGUAUGCUUCUGAUUCAUUGAUCAGAGGGUUGAGUCAACGCCCCCACCUCGCAGAACUUCCAGCUGAAGUCUCCAGGGGGGGUGUUGUCAGCUGCUGAGAGGAGGGAGAGGGGCUCAGAGGAGGGAUGGUGCGAUCCUGUAAGGAGACAGCACGUAGGGAGAGUCCUUCUCUUCUCGCCCCUCUGCUGCCUCGGUGACGUUCUCGUUAACAUACUCGGGAUCGGCAGCGUGGGGGGGCUCAGCCACCAGGAAUCAUGUCCCUGUCCAGGAGGAGCCCCCACAGCCGGACCACCAGCAGUGGCAGCAGCAGAAUGAGCUCGGACGGGGGCGGGCGGCCCGUCAAAGUGGGCUCUCUGGUGGAGGUGAUUGGGAAGAGCCAGCACGGGACGGUGGCCUACAUCGGCACCACCCUCUUUGCUUCGGGGAAAUGGGUGGGGGUCAUCCUGGACGAGGCCAAAGGAAAGAACGACGGCACGGUGCAGGGCAAGCGCUACUUCACCUGUGAGGAGAAUCAUGGCAUCUUUGUCCGACAGUCCCAGAUCCAGCUGGUGGACGACACUGCCGACACCACGUCUCCAGAAACUCCUGAGCCCAGCUCCAGCAGGGUCCCCAAAAAAGAGAUCCUGGAGACGACCAAGUCUGCCAAACUGCGAGGAGUGAAGCUCAAAAAGACUCCAGCCCCCCGGAAGACCACAGCCAGGAGGCCCAAGCAGCCCAGCCGGCCCACAGGAGGCACAGGAAGGGGAGCCGCGUCCGGCUCGGCUUCGGCCUCCACCGGGGAGAUGAGCAGCAGCGAGGCCAGCACCCCCGCGCAGACCCCCCUGGUGGCUCCGCUUAUCCCCACCCUGCACUCUCCAGGAAAUGCAGCGGCCCCGCCCAGCAAGGAGGAAGAGACCCUGCGAGCUCAGGUGAAGGACCUGGAGGAGAAGCUGGAGACACUGAAGAUGAAGCGGACCGAGGACAAGGCCAAGCUGAAGGAGCUGGAGAAGCACAAGAUUCAGCUGGAGCAGCUGCAGGAGUGGAAGACCAAGAUGCAGGAGCAGCAGGCCGAGCUGCAGAAACAGCUGAAGGAGGCCAAGAGGGAGGCCAAAGAAGCUCUCGAGGCCAAAGAACGCUACACUGAGGAGAUGUCCGACACUGCGGACGCCAUCGAGAUGGCCACACUGGACAAGGAGAUGGCAGAGGAGAGGGCGGAGUCUCUGCAGCUAGAGGUGGACUCCCUAAAGGAGCGGGUGGAGGAGCUCACGAUGGACCUGGAGAUCCUGAAACAUGAAAUCGAGGAGAAAGGCUCGGAUGGAGCAGCCUCCAGUUUCCACGUCAAGCAGCUGGAGGAGCAAAACGGCCGGCUGAAGGAAGCUCUGGUCAGGAUGCGGGACCUGUCUGCCUCAGAGAAGCAGGAGCACGUCAAGCUGCAGAGACAGAUGGAGAAGAAGAACGUGGAGCUCGACUCUUUGAGGGGGCAGAAAGAAAAGCUGCAGGAGGAGAUGAGUGCAGCCGAGAAGACCAUUGAUGAGCUGAAGGAGCAGGUGGAUGCAGCUUUGGGUGCUGAGGAGAUGGUAGAGACACUGACUGAGAGGAACCUGGACCUGGAGGAGAAGGUCAGGGAGCUGAGGGAGACGGUGACCGACCUGGAAGCUAUAAACGAGAUGAACGACGAGCUGCAGGAAAACGCCAGAGAGACGGAGCUGGAGCUCAGAGAGAUGCUGGAUCUGGGCGCGGCUCGGGUCCGGGAGGCGGAGAAACGGGUGGAGGCCGCGCAGGAGACGGUUGCCGAUUACCAGCAGACCAUCAACAAGUACCGUGAGCUCACAGCACACCUUCAGGAGCUGAACCGGGAGCUGACCAGCCAGCAGGAGGCCUCGGCGGAGCUGCAGCAGCAGCCGCCGCCUGACAUGUUUGACUUCAAGAUCAAGUUUGCAGAGACCAAGGCCUACGCAAAGGCCAUUGAGAUGGAGCUGAGGAAGAUGGAGGUGGCUCAGGCCAACAGGCAGGUCUCUCUCCUGACGUCCUUCAUGCCCGAGUCCUUCCUGCGUCAUGGAGGAGAUCACGACUGCAUCCUGGUUCUGCUGCUCAUCCCGAGACUCAUCUGCAAAGCGGAGCUGAUCAGUAAGCAGUCUGAGGAGAAGUUCGAUCUAAGUGAGGGGUGCGUGGAACGGGUUGGCCUCAGAGGGUCUGUUGGGGAGCAGCUGAGUUUUGCUGCAGGUCUGGUCUAUUCUCUGAGUCUGCUGCAGGCCACGCUGCACAAAUACGAGCUGGCUCUGUCUCAGUGCAGCGUGGAUGUCUACAAAAAGGUGGGCUCUCUGUACCCUGAGAUGAGCGUGCACGAGCGCUCCCUGGACUUCCUGAUCGACCUGCUGCACAAAGACCAGCUGGAUGAGACGGUCCACGUGGAGCCGCUCACCAAGGCCAUCAAGUACUACCAGCACCUGUACAGCAUCCACCUGGCAGAUCAGACAGAGGACUGCACCAUGCAGCUGGCCGACCACAUCAGGUUUACUCAGAGCGCCCUGAACUGCAUGGCGGUGGAGGUGGGGCGUCUUCGGGCAUUCCUGCACGCCGGUCAGGAGAAGGCGGACCUAGCUGUGCUGUUGAAGGACCUGGAGACGUCCUGCAGCGACAUCAGGCAGUUCUGCAAGAAGAUUCGCCGCAGGAUGCCAGGAACCGACGCUCCAGGCAUUCCAGCGGCGCUCAGCUUUGGGCCGCCGGUGUCGGACGCGCUCUCGGACUGCAGGAAACACCUGACCUGGGUGGUGGCCGUGCUGCAGGAGGUGGCAGCGGCGGGAGCUCAGAUGAUGUCACCGCUAGGGGAGCAGGAGGGGCUGUCAGCCGUCAAACUGGAGGACGUGGCCUUCAAGGCCACAGAGCAGGUGUACGGAUCUCAGGGCGCCAGCGCCUACGAGUGUCUGCGGCAGUCCUGUAACAUCGUCAUAGCAACCAUGAACAAGAUGGCCACAGCCAUGCAGGAGGGCGAGUACGACUCGGAGAAGCCUCAGAUGAAGAACCCGCCCCCCGUGGAGCUGCAAGCCGCCGCCCUGCGAGCCGAAAUCACGGAUGCAGAGGGACUGGGCCUGAAGCUGGAGGACAGAGAGACGGUCAUCAAGGAGCUGAAGAAGUCUCUGAAGAUCAAAGGGGAGGAGCUAAGCGAGGCGAGCGUCCGUCUCAGCCUCCUGGAAAAGAAGCUGGACAGUUCGUCCAAAGAUGCAGACGAGCGCGUGGAGAAGAUCCAGACUCGACUGGACGAAGCCCAGACUCUGCUGAAGAAGAAGGAAAAGGACUUUGAGGAGACCAUGGACGCCUUACAGGCCGAUAUUGACCAGCUGGAGUCGGAGAAGGCGGAGCUAAAGCAGCGCCUAAACAGCCAGUCCAAGAUGAGCACCGACAUGGGGGGAGGCGGCCCAACGGGAGCGGUUUCCAUGGUAGUAGGGACAGCAGGAGGCAGCCCGGUAUCAGGUGGCCUUCAGGUGAUUGACUCGCCGCUGCUGACUCAGCAGAUCGAAGCUCAACGGCUCUGCAUCAAACAGCUGAAGAACGACAACAACAGGCUGAAGGCGGAAAAGAUUCGCGCUCAGCUCGCCUCCCUGCCCCCGCUGCAUGUCCCCAAGCUGCCCUCCGCAGAUGGCCCUCCCCAUGUGCUCUCCAGCGCCCUCUAUCGCAAGACCGAGCAGCUGCUGGAGACCCUGCUGCAGAUGAGCGCCAACGUGAAGGUGGUGGACGUGACGGGAAAGUGCCCAGUGACCCCUGCUGCUCAGCUGCUGGAGCAGACGGCUCGACUGCAGUCCCUCAGAGACACUUUGGAACGGCUGAAGGACGAGGUGGCAGAACACGUGGUCAACCAACAGCCUGGAGCUCGAGUCCCAUCAGACUUCGCCACCUUCCCCUCUCCCCCCUUCGUGAAGGCCAAAGAGGAAAGGGGGGGAGAGACGGUGCUGGUGGGGCGACUCAUGGUGCCAUGCCCUCGUGGUCAGGAGCAGGUCCACCGCCUGGUCCUGUCCCAGCGGCAGCUGCAGAGGGUCCACAGUCUGCUGCAGGCCUGAGCGCACCAGACCAGGAAGGACACCAGGAGUCUCCGAGAUUAAGUUCUGGAUGAAACGUUGAAGCUCUUCAAAGUUCCUGAAGCCGAUCCUGAUGUUUAGUGUUUCUCUAAAUCCAAAAGUAAUUAUGUGACGCUGUUGCGUCUGCAUUCAGGCAGCACCAGCAUCUGCUCUCAUGCAGCCCCUCCAUCAGCUGUAUGCAUCUGCAUUAGUGCAGCACCUGUGUCUGCAUUCAAGCAGCACCUGCGUCUGCAUUCAUGCAGCGUCUGCAUUCAAGCAGCACCUGUGUCUGCAUUCGAGCAGCGUCUGCAUUCAAGCAGCACCUGCGUCUGCAAUCAAGCAGGGCCUGCGUCUGCAUUCGAGCAGCACCUGCAUCUGCAUUCGAGCAGCACAAACAUCAGCUGUAUGCAGCACCUGCAUCUGUAACAUUGGCUAUAUGCAUCUGCUGCAUCCAUUAAUGCAGCGCUUGCGUCUGCCCAGAUGCAUCUGCUUUGCAGAGAUGUGUUCUUUUUUGACUGCAGUUUACUCUCAUGUGGCUUCAAUAUUUCAGUGAGGCUGAGCCUUUGUGGUAGCAAACGUACUCGCUUAGAAAAAAAAAACACUUCAAAACAACCUGUGAAGGAUUUUAACCCUUUAAUAGCCACUCCGGAGGCAUUAACACGAUAAUAGAAAACAGAUUUUACAUUAUUAAUAUUAUUAUUAGGGGCUGCACUAUGGUGUAGUGGUUAUCACUCUUGCCUCACAGCAAGAAGACCCUGGUUUGAACUCUGACCUUUCUGUGUGCAUGUUCUUCCUGUGCAUGUGUCGGUUUGUCUGGGAACCUUACCGUCUAAAAACAUGCUGCAUAGAUUCACUGAUGAAUCUAAAUUGGUGUGAAUGUGUGUUUGUGUACCCCACCCUCACCCAACAGUAGAUGGGAUAGGCUCCAGCAACCAUGUAAUCCCAAGAGGGAUACGGUCAUUUUAUAAAAAAAUUAAUCUUUAAUCUUUAAAGGAUUAAAAUCCCUAAAAUGGGCUGUUUUUGUAGAAGUUUGAAUAAUUUAUGACAUUAGGAAGUGGGGGUUAAGAGUUAAAGAUGAAGACAAUUAAGCUAUUUUUCAUGUGGUAUAUGUUUACAUGUCAUUAACUUAUAGUUUUAUUUAUUUGCACUGUAGAAGGCUCAGCGCACGAGUGUCCAAAUAAUUUGCAGGAUGUUUGUAAUCUGUGUGUAAUCUGCCACCUUGUCAAUUGUCACACUUCCUGAUCAAUAAACUAAUCAAGCCAAACGAG